AUGAAUCAGCAAAAAAACCAAUACGAACAGGCACUUCAAGUUUCAGGGAAAAGCGAGGCAAAGUUAAUGGAACUGGCUUGGAAUUCUACCGGGUUCACAGAACUUGUGAAACAAGCAAAUGAAUUCAAGAGUGAAGUCACUUUGUGCGUGGAAUAUUUACAAAAAGCAGAGAAUCCAAAAGUCAAGCAGCUUCUACCCAACUUAAUCCGAAGACUACUUACGUAUCUUCAUGGGUUAUUUACCAAAAGAAGAAAUCCAGCCAGUCAUCUUCUAAUAUUCAUGAUUUCGGAUGAGCUAAGGAAUCGUAAGUCAUAUGCCGUACCUGUGCGAUUCCUACCUUACAAGUCUCUGACGGAUAAGAUGCUAAGGGAUCUGCAGUUGGAGGUUGAGCACAAAAUGAGAACCGUGGAUAUGGAUGUUGUUGGUAAGGAAUGCACACAUGUAAUGUGUUCUCUAUGAAGAUACUAUAUGGGAUGGUUGUACGAAUGAUGGAUAGUAUUAUCCAGUACUUAGUAUUUUUGCACAAGUUAAUAUAAGUUGAUUGGUCAAAAUCGACGUCCUAAGCUGUUAUGCUCACAAAUAGGUGAAUGUAACAAAACCGAAAUAAUUUGUAGCUAGCCGUUUUGUGGAAGUUACUGAUAAAGAAAUAAAGCGAAAUAAAAAUAAAUUCAACACAAAAGACUUGUGCAACAAUACUAAUAAAAACAAUUAUUUGCCUUGCAGGCCCGGUGAUUAUCGGGGAAUAUUCACCUCGACUUCGUACAAUUUCUAAUUACUAAUGUGGUAAUACUGUAUGUUUGAUAAUCGUUUUCUUUUAAGGCUUUUCAACGGAUGGAGAAUUCAAUUCUCUAAGGACCAACGGACUAAGAAGACCCAUUUCAAUUAUCGAGGUCGCAAAGGAAGCAAAGAAAACUGCAAAGAGCAUGAAGGCUGCAGUCGUUUCAAAGUGUUUUGAAUUAGAUAAUCAAGGUAUUGAAUUACUUUUAAACAUAAUGGGUCAAUAUUUGCUAAAUGGUCAUUAUAGAGACUUUUGCAAGCCUUCUCCCAAACCAACCUGCACAGUAUAAUGCAUAUGAACAGGAAAGACUGCUCCCAUCUAAUUCAUCACUCAAACAGUAAUAUAGUGCAAUAAAUACACAAUUGUCCAGUAAACAUUUUUCUGUGUGCUUAGGAAACCCUUUGCAUCAACAUGAAGCAGUGCCUAUUGAAGAUCUACAAUGGUUACACGACUUUGUGAGAAAUGGUGCAGCCUACAAAACUGCAUUGUACAUACUGAGGAGAAGACUCUUCCCUUUCUUUUACGAUCCACACCCUUGGGUAAAAGGAAGGGAGGAAACACCCGUUGAAAUUAUGAAAUCAAUAAUGGCCAUCUAUAUUUUCCGAAUGGAAGUGGGAAAGCUCAAGAACCUCUCUCAUGAUUCGGCAGACUUCUCCAAGUAUCUCUAUCAACCAGAAAUGGGUGAAGGUAAGUAAUAUGCCAACAUUUUAUAAUUAUAGUAAUUCUGAUGUAGAAACGUGUUAUCUUUUAUUUAUUGUCAAAAAGCAAUUUGCAUAUACAACAAAAGAUGGCGACUAACCACUUGUACGUUUAAGCACAAUAAGAAGAAAAACUACUAUUCCAUAAGAAGAAAAAACUAUUACUUGCUUAGUUCGUAUUAGCAUGAUAGACCAAAAAGCAUUGUGGUUAAACGUACUGCCGCCAUCUUUUUUAUUAUGCCCCACAAAAGAAGUUGUACUAGAAAGUAUGAAUGGGAGAGUUACAUGCAAAAUUUGUCAUUCCAUUCCACAAUCUACUGCAACAAUGUUUGCAUUGUUAUUCAGUUAUCAAUAAUUAAAGGCUUUCAGAAAUUAUGCCCCCUCCCUUGGGUCUCCCUAGUGUCCACUAUUCAUCUACUGCUUACUGUUUUUCAGAUACACAGGAAUACAUACAUCACCGUGAACACCACAAUCAUCUUUUGAAAAGAAUAAUUGUGUGUCUUCGGGAAGGUAUGAUCCCGGGAUUAGACCUCUGUUACAUGAGAGAAGCAUUACACGACCCCACAACAGGAUUGACAUAUGAAGCGCUAACUGGGAAGAAUAAACAAAGUGUACCAGAUUGUGAACGAAUCAUUACCACAGGAGUGAUAAAGUUUCUGGAGAGAAAGGGGCAUAAAAGUGGUGCAGAUAUACUCACGAUAAUCUGUAAUUGGCAUAGAGCAGUCGAUGGUAGGGGUUUGAGUGAAUCCGAGCGGUCUCAAUUCUGUCAGGAUAUGAAAUGCUGGCUCUUAGAUGACUGGGUACCGUGGCACCGAGAUAACUCUGACUACAGUUUGAUUGACGUAAAUAGGUUAGUUACAUCAUUCUUUCAUAACUAGCAAACAUUCAUGAAAAACCUGUGUACUUAAGAGCAGACCAAACAAAAAAAUUUAAACAUGCCUCCAUGCCAGUUGUAGCGAAAAUUUAUCCUUAAAUCUUACGUUAAGUGAAAUGUGUUUCUUCAACUUGAUUUAAGUCCAAUUAGGUUCGAGCGUCAUUCAAAUUGAUAACACUGAUCAAACAAGUUCUUGGUUUUAGUUAGGGAUUAUUUAAAUUAAUAAGUUUUAAAAUUAUAUGCAAGAAAAAGACCUAACACAAGAAAAUUGCAUCAAACUUUUUUAUUUCAUCAUACAGGUCGUUGAAAGGAAUAUGUGGCUUCACACGAGAGAUAAUUGUCGGGCUGGUGGCGAACUUGGAAAGUCGACAUUUGCGAGAAAUUGAGUACAGAACAAGGUGUCUACAACCAGAGCAUCCAAGAUCAUCUUCCACUGACGAUGUAGAAAGUUUUAUUGCUCUUUUGCACGAAAUGCUUGGGCCAAUUUUUGAUCCAAAACAAUUCUACAGUGAGCUCCCAAAUAUUCUGAACGAGUAUAAGAAACGAAUUGAUACAGACUUAUCAUUUUUCUACUGGACUGGAUCAAAGACAAGGUACAAAGACUACGAGCUACCCUCGUUUAAUCUGCCGUCUGCACAGGGAGUCGUUGAAAGACUUGACCAAGUGAAUUCAUCAAGAAGAGGGGAUCCUGGUGUCUUUGUCGCUAACAGGGCGUCACUUCCUCAAAAAGGGCAGCUCACAGCCAGAGCAAAGUUUCAUCGUGCUCCAGUUGCAUUACCGCCAUUGCAGCAGCUUCAUUGA